AUGAGCUACAGCCCGGCUCAAUCCUCCACUCAAACAGCUCCUUUCUCUCGACCGACCCUUUCUUCUAUAGCGCUCAAGAAUGACGAAGAACAACAAGCACUAGUGGAUCGACUAGAUAAGAUAGAAGCUCUCAGCAAGGAAUCUUCCUUAAACUCGGAAAUCCCACACCACUCGAUGGAAUUCCUCACUGCGCGAUUGGACGACCUAGCCAAACGACUAGAACGAAUGGAGAAGACCUUAGAUUCUGACUCUAUUCAUAGUCUCGACAUACAAACCAACACACCCGCUCCAAUACACCAACAAGAAAAGAUGUCUUAUGCAUCUGUAGCUACUCCGUCUGCGAAGCAAACUACAGCUCAAAUCACUGCUCCAAUUAGAUCAAUCAAGAACGUACCACACCCAUUACCAUCGAUUCCUUCUACAGUUACAUAA